GCGGAGAAACACAUCUCUUUCUACCAGAUCCUGGCUUCACUAGAGGAUAUCCUGAGAUAGACUAUUCACACACACAUACACACACACACACACACACGCACACACACGCACACACAUGCAUACAUGCAUGCACACACAUAUACACACACGAGCGCUCUGUGGUUCCCUCUAAACAGCAUAUUCACACAAGGGAAAUCCAUCUGAACUUCAGCCUGUUUAAUACGGUCUUCUCUUUUGACUGGAUGACUCACUGAAAGGAAACAGUGCUACCAAGGGUUCGGUAGUAUGAUAUCCCAGGAGGCAUUGCGCCUUCCGCCUGAGGGGUGCUCGGUGUCCCAGAAUUCCCUGGAUUUCAACUCCAUGGAGGACUACUGGAGUGAGGUGAAGAGCAUGGAGGAGAAUGGCGACGGGUGCCAGGAGGAGCUGCUGGAGCGCAGUGUCGAUGAGGCUGAGCUUGAGGAGGCGUGGCUUAACGAGGCAGGGCUGUCCACGUUGGUGUCUGGGGCGCCAGGUGACGGUCCCGCCGAAGCCCUGCUCUCCACCCUCACACGCACGCAAGCAGCCCUCGUCAAGAAGCGGCUGGAUAACUACACCCAGACGAUGCGCAAGAGGAACAAGCAGCCCAUCCGCCACGUCCGCGAUGUCUUCUCCACCCCCGAACCCCUGUCUGGACGUGCCAGUGACCCCGUCUCCCCGUCCGCCCCCAACACCCAGUCCCCUCCCAAAAUGUCCCUCUGGACCCCUGUGCAAGGGGAGAUCCAGCCGGUGAAGGAGACCCUGGCGUUUGAUGUGCCGUACUCUGAGGGCGUGGCCGCCCGCAGAAAGGAGGGUAACUGCCAGGACUGCAGUAGGGUCAGCAGGGAGGACACACCCCCACCUAUAUUUCUCCCCCCGUGUCCCAAACUUGGACUGACCCGAGUGGACGACCUGUCCUCUGAAGACAUGAGGAAGAUCGGGUACAUCUCCCUGAUAGAGCUCACCACCUUCUACGACGUGCUGGGCAUUGAGCUGAAGAGGAGCCGGUCGGUGCGCAGCAAGGUUCGAGAGAAUGGCAUCUUUGGAGUUCCCCUAGCAACGCUUUUGGAAAACGACCAGAAAAAACUCCCUGGGUCCAAAGUUCCCCUCAUUUUCAGAAAGCUGUUGUCCAAGCUGGAGCAAACAGGUCUGCAGACAGAGGGCAUUCUGAGAGUACCUGGGUCGGCCUCCAGGGUCAAGCAUCUACGGCAGGAGCUGGAGGCCAAGUUCUACGAGGACCGCUUUGACUGGGAGCAGGUACGACACAACGACGCGGCCGGGCUGCUCAAGAUGUUCAUCCGGGAGCUUCCCUACCCCCUGCUGACGCUGCAGCACCUCCCCGCCUUCCUCGCCGUGCUCAAUAUGCCGCUGUCCAAACAUCAGAUCCAGGCCCUGCACCUCCUCAUCAUGGUGCUCCCGGAGCCCAACAGAGACAUGCUGAAGGCCCUGCUGGAGUUCCUCAGGAAGGUGGUGGCCCACGAGGACAAGAACCGCAUGGGCCUGUGGAACGUCUCCAUGAUCGUGGCUCCCAACCUGUUCAUUAUCCGCGGGAAGAGCGCCAAGCUGGAGGAGAUGCAGGGGGCAGCGGGCGCGGCCCGCCUGGUGUGUCUGCUUAUCACCAAUCAGGACCUGCUGUGGACGGUGCCGUGUUUCCUGAUCUCUCACUUGCGCAAGCUAAACGAGGCAUCCGUGACCAAGAAGCCUCCGAGUUCAGAGAAAGCCAAAAGGAAACUGCUGCGGAGGUGGACCAUGGACCGUGACAAACGGGAGAAGAUUCAGUUCUCUGACCUGCUUCGUGAGAAUGUCAUCCGCGUUCACGCACCCCUCCAUGCCAAGGUCUCCAUGGCGAUACUGCUGGACAAUGAGACGAAGGCUAAAGAUGUUAUGGCUCGCUUUGACUUCGAGAACGGGUCCCGCGGCUCUGGCAGAAGGCCCAGACGGUUUUUAUUUGAGGUUGGGGGAAACAUAGGAGAGAGAUGCUUGGACCCUGAGACGCAUCUUCUUGAUUUGUACCGCAUCAAUCCCAACUGCACAUGGGUCUUUAAGCCCAAAACAACCUGAGGACACCCCCCGAGCAGUAAGAGACUGCUGCAAAAAUAAAAUAUCAAUACAAGCUGUCACCCUCUGGCGGUCAUCCCUGUGAGCGCAUUCAUUGAGAGCUCGGAUUAUUGAAGGCGCCUGCGGUUCGAUGUUGAUCUGGAUUCAGCACCACGGCCCAAUCGUUCACGGACUACAAACAGCUGGGCUGUUGUCUCUGCGUGAAAGCCUUAUCCUGUGGAGACCCUGAAGUUCUGGGAGCAGGGCGUUGGCGAGUGUAUGGAUUUUAGAUUGAGGUGUUUUAAUAACAGCAAUUGAUUCACUGAGCUGUGUGCCCAACCACGGUCCAAAACAAGGGCAUCUGGACUUGCGGCGCCAAAAAGCGUGAUUUAAGGUGUAUCCUACGGCAGUCACGGACCCUGCUGCUUCGCUGGUCUUUUGCUGACGGCAACGCAGCCGCACUGUAAAAAUGUGUACAAACAAUAUUUAUACCACUUAUUUAUCCCACUUUUUGUAUUACCGUGAAGUAUAAACACCAUGUUUUUAUGUCUGUUGUUCUGUUCGUUUGCUGUUUGAGGAGAGAUGUUCGCUAUUGAACCCUGCGCCAUGUAAUUGCGACGGUCACAUGACCAGGCAGAGCCUCGGUACCUUUGAUGCAAAGAAAGAGCGUGAUGGGACGUUUUGGGACAGACGCGUGCGGCUCUGGGGGCGGAGCCUGGACUGAGCUGGUCUUGAUCUCAGGCUUUGAGGACAGCCGUGUGCAGCCUCCAAAGACCCCUCAGCCUGCGUACUCAACCACUGACUGGGGGCACCACUCGUCCGCACUGCUUUCAGUCUUUGAAAGCAGUGCCAGGCAAAAGAAAAGCACUUACUUAAAGUCACCUGUAUGGAUGAACUCUGCCAAUAUAACCUGUUGGUCUUCUUCAGUGGAGGAUUUCCUUAAAUAUUAUAUUAGAGGCCCAAUAUCCUGUGGGGUUGCAACUAGCUGAGAGACUGCUCAGUGUAACACACAGUGCUGACUCUUACAGGCUUCCUACUUUGACUGGUAAGUGUACUGGGUUGAUAUGUUUUCAGUUGGCGUAUCACACCAUUGAUCAAACGCUAUCAGUUAUAAUGGUGGCAUCUGAAAUUCUGGUAUUGACUUAUUUGCCUAGAAGAUGUAGUAGUGCUUCAACCAAAGCUAGGAAGUGAAUUGCAGUCUGUUUUGUAAGGUUUAUUGCAUAUAUGUAUAAAUCACCUUUAUAUAACAUUGAA